UUAAUUCACCUUUCAGUUUUACAAUGCCCGUUUUUAAUUUCAAAUUCAAUACUCAACAGAAGCAAUUAGCGAGCUUAAGGGCUCUCAUUUAUUGCAUUUUCUUCUCUCUUCCUCUUCACACUUCUUCACUGAGCUCUCUCUCUUAAUCUAGGGUUUCUCUUGCCAAUUCUGCAUUCUCAAGCUCCUGUUGUGUUGAGAUUUCGCAUUUCACAUUGCCUCCAGCGCCAUUCGUCUUAUGUGGCAUUUCGUUUCUGCAUGUACUUUUGGACCAUUUAUUAUCUUUUCUUUUUCUUUUUGCUUUUUGCUUCGUGUAUUUAUUCCCCUGUCGUUUCCUCUUUGAGAUGGUGAAAAUGUUGACAAGUUCGUGAAGAGUGUAUCGAAGCAGGCAUCGCAGUAUGUGAUGCUUCUUGCUUCUUUUCAAGAGGAUCAAUCUUUCUGGUUGCUUCCUGUUUCAUGCUGCUAAAGGAACUUGAUUUAAUCAAGUCAAUGUAGGAUGAAUCUGCAAGAGGUCAUCGGUAGUUUGCAGUAUAAUAAACGUUAUACCCAUUUUUGCAACGGUUUUGAUCUAAAAGAAAGGCCCGCACUUGUAAGGUUGGUUUAGAGAAAAAAACUGUUUUUAGAAGAAAAGGUUGGUAAAGCAUGGAUUUUUUCAAAGUCAAGAAGACAAAGAAAGCUCAGAAAGCAAAUGGAGAAAAGGAUGUGGCGGACAAGCCAGUGUCAGAACCUGAUGAACCAAAGCCUGACGAUGGUGGUAAUGAUCAAGGUAAAUCAGCAAAUGCAGAUCUUGUUGCUGAAGCAGAGGAUGAUGACGAUGAUUUCAUUACAAAUGAGGUAAAGAGGAGGCUGAAAGAACUUAGAAGAAACAGUUUCAUGGUUUUGAUUCCUGAGGAAGAACCGUGUCUAGAGGAAGAGGAGGAUGAGGAAGAGGAAGGAGAAUCAAGCUCUACCGAAUGGAGGGAUUUAGAAGCAGAAGGUCAGCGAUGGUGGCGAGGUUUUGAUGCUGUGUUCGAAAAAUACUGUGAAAGAAUGCUGUUUUUUGAUCGGAUGAGCACACUACAGCUUAAUGAAGUUGGCAACGGUUCCCAUUACCUUUCUACUCCAUCACCAAGAUCUGCAUCAAAGAAGCUGCACUCACCCCUUCGAUGUCUUUCCUUGAAGAAAUUUGAAGAAGCUGAUGAUGAUACUGAGCAUCUUCAAAAGCCUGAAAAUGAUCCCUGCAUGGAUAUUGAAACAGCAUAUGUUGGUCAGAUUUGCUUGACUUGGGAAUCACUUCAUUGUCAAUACACUCAAUUGAGCCAGAAGAUAUCUUGGCAACCUGAAAAUCCUUCAUGUUACAACCACAGUGCUCAGGAGUUUCAACAGUUCCAGGUUCUAUUACAAAGGUUUAUUGAGAAUGAACCAUUUGAACAGGGUCUGAGAGCAGAAAUCUAUGCUCGAAUGAGGAAGAGUUUGCCUAAAUUGCUUCAGGUUCCUAAUGCACAAGGUUCUGAUCAACAGUCAGCAGAAGAAGAUUCAGACAUGAGAGUUCUUGCUCCUGAUCUUGUCAGGAUAAUUGAACACUCUAUCCUUACAUUCUACGUGUUCCUGAAAAGAGACAAGAAAAAGCCAACUGGUGUUAUCAGCCUGUUUGGAAAUCAGAACCAGCUUGCAACUCCUCUGCAACUAGUCCAAUCUAAUCUUGAAAAGAAAGCAGUGAAGCUGAAAGAACUGACCAGAAAGAAGAGUUGGAAAAAGAAUUCUUGGCCACAAAAGCCUGAGGACAUACAAUUAUUUCUAGGCCUUAUUGACGUCAAAAUCAUAUCAAGGGUUCUCAGAAUGACAAGGAUAACUAAAGAACAGUUGAUUUGGUGCGAAGAAAAGAUUAAAAAACUAGACUUGUCAAAUAGUAGGCUAGAAAGAGACCCCAGUCCUAUCCUCUUCCCUUGCUAAUAUUAUCAUCACUUGUAAUUUGUAAGAUAAACAGCUGCUUUGAAGCAUCAUGUCUAGUUACUUUUUUAUGCUGCACAAUUGCAAAUUGCCUAAUUUUAGGGACUAGACAGGCAAAUUUGGAGUUGUGCGAACGGAUAACAAUGAAAAAAUGUUGAAGGACUUUCUGUUUUAUCCUAUGUGAAAUCCACAAACAUGUCAAAAAAUUGCUUCAGAGGGUUCUUUCCUAGGUUGUUUUGUUCAACCCUUGGUGAUACAUAGCUUUUUCUUUUUGAA